GAACUUUUAUUAUCACAUUGUAAUACAGACAGAGCGGGUCGCAUAGCGUCGCAUCUCGGAGAUUAAAAAAACCCAUUCGGUUUAAAAAAAUUAAUGAACAACAACAAAACGUAACCAAGAGUGAGGUGUUAUAAAAAAAAAUAUUUACAUCGUGAUCACAUACCAUAACGCGGCUAUCAGUGCGGCAUUAAAAUUAAAAAGAAAAUAGAAAACCAAAUAAGAAAAUGGUUAUGUCAAACUUCGGCAAUAUUGGCAUUGUAUUGGUGACAUUUGUGUUCGUAUGCGCUGCUACCGGCAAUGAGGAAUCGCUUGAAACCUAUGUUCAUGCCCGACCCGGUGGAAUUAGCGGAAGUGAUCCAACGGAAAUGCGACAACAUCAUCCGCCUUCGAUGUUGUGCAUGGACAUCAAACCUCAACACUCAGUGGAUAUAAAACAAAUUAUUGGAAUCUGGCAUGGUAAUGAAAUCAUCAUGCACACCCAGGAUAUACCCGGAGUAUAUCGUUAUGACAGUUGCAUUACCUUCUAUUUGAGCGAUGUCACCGAACAACUACGUGACUACUACCAGCCCAAUUAUAGAAAAGUUGAGGGACUUCACUCAUCAUCUGAGGUUCAUCGUGAAGGCAUGGGUGUUGGUGCUGGUACCACCCAUCGCCAUACCAACACCAGAUAUUUGCGUUUAAUAUGGAACGAAAAUGACGACAACAUUGAGUACAAUUUCAAUUACACCAUGAAUCAUCCGGGCCUAUGGACAAAUGUGGGCGAGCAAAGAGGUUCGAUGGUGGCCCGCAACAAGUACAAUCAAUUUUCGGGAACUGUUCAGGUGGUCAAGGCCGUAGGCGAUCAUUUGGUGUUGACCUUCUGCUCCAGCGAUAUACACCAUAGCAUUUACACAGUGGUAUUGAGUCGUGAAGAACAGGGUUUGGGACAAGAUGUCAUUCGCAGCAUACGCGGUCUGCUAUCACGACGUGGUCUUUACACUGAAUCCAUACGACAAGUUUGUGUAAAAUCCUCUGCCAUGGCACUGAGUAGAUCUCCGUUGCUAGUCAUAUCGUCUGUGCUGUUAUUAGUCUUAAUUUGCAUCUCAAGGAAAGUGCAGUGAUACCGGAAAUUGGAAUGAAAAUGAGAGUUAGAUAUAAACCAAAAACGAAAAAAAAAACAAAAACGUUACACAACUCGCAUUUCGAAUAUUAUGAUGAUGAUGAUGAUGAUGAUGAGCCAUGACCAGAUGUUUGAUAAUUUGAUCAUAUUAACGAAACCAAACUCAGAAUGCCAAACCAGUAACGACUAAAUAAAAUUAUUUUCUGUUUAUUUUGUUUUCUA